AUGGCGAACGACCCCAUGCGAGUGAAGCUGGAGCAGCUUGACGCUCUUUCGGGAGAAGCCGAGAACGACCCGGCGAAGUUCGGGCGGCUUCUGAACACCGCUAUGAGGGCGGGGGCUGCUGCUGGCGGAGACACUCAGCAGACGGAGGCCACGAUCGACGCGCAAGAGGAGCAGGACCUGAUGAAAGAACUCGAGUCUCAGCUCUACGGCUGCGAGAUGGACAUCUCCUCCCAGGACGCCCAGCCGACCCAGUACGAUCUGCCACCUGCUGACUUGCAGACAGAAGGUACAAAGGAUGGCUUUGAUGCCACGUUGGAGCAUCUCAUGCGUGAGGUCGGGCUCGAGGAACGCGAGGAUGAUGCGAUCAGAAAAUCUCCAAAGCGAGAGCUUGAAAUUGAUUUUGCCAGGGUCGCCAAGGAACUGGAGGAAAGGGAGGAAACUGAGAAAGCAAGGUUGGCCAAGGAAAAGGAAGAAGCUGAGAAAGUAAGCAAAAUGAUCAAGCAAAUGGAGGAAGCUGAGAAAGGCAGGUUGGCCAAGGAAAGGGAGGAAGCCGAGAAAGCCAUCAGAAUGGCCAAGGAAAUGGAGCAAGCCAAGCUGGCCAAGGAAAGGGAGGAAACUGAGAAAGCCAGGAUGGCCAAGGAAAUGGAGGAAGCCAAGCUGGCCAAGGAAAGGGAGGAAGCUGAGAAAGUCAGGAUGGCCAAGGAAAUGGAGGAAGCCAAGCUGGCCAAGGAAAGGGAGGAAGCUGAGAAAGCCAGGAUGGCCAAGGAAAGGGAGGAAGCCGAGAAAGCCAUCAGAAUGGCGAAGGAAAUGGAGGAAGCCAAGCUGGCCAAGGAAAGGGAGGAAACUGAGAAAGCCAGGAUGGCCAAGGAAAUGGAGGAAGCCAAGCUGGCCAAGGAAAGGGAGGAAGCUGAGAAAGCCAGGAUGGCCAAGGAAAGGGAGGAAGCUGAGAAUGCCAGGUUGGCCAAGGAAAGGGAACAGUUCAGGCUGGCAAGAUUGGCCAAGGACAAGGAGGAGGCCGAACAUAUGAGAUCGGCCAAGGACAAGGCCAAGGAAAAGGAAGACGCUGAUAAAGCCAAGGUGGAGGCCGUGCGACUUGUAAGUCGACAUGGCAACACAGGCGGCAAAAAAUACCAGGCUUUGCCGAUGAACGCGACAAAGUUGCAAAAGCUACAGCUCUUGCAGGACAUUAUGGCUACUGGGGAUGAGGGUUGCAAGCAGUUCUGCAAGGAUGAGCUUGCAAAACUGAUCAAGCCGAAGGCAGCAACGCCAGCUCCGGCCCCUACCAGUGAUGCCGAUCCUCCGGCCCCUACCACAACGGGUGCCGAUCCUCCGGCCCCUACCACCAGGGGUGCCGAUCCUCCGGCCGCUACCACCAGGGGUGCCGAUCCUCCGGCCCCUACCACCAGGGGUGCCGUUCCUCCGGCCCCUAAUGCCCCGACCUUUGAUGAUGUCAGUGCGAAGAUGGGUUGGUCAAGUCCUGCAACCCCACGCAUGGUGGAGGCACCUGGUACGCCAUCUCCUGCAACGCCUGGCAGUGCAAUCACAACGCCUGGCAGUGCAAAAACAACGCCUGGCAGUGCAAGCGACGGCUUGGUCCAAGGUUCUGCGCCACUCUACAACCGAAAGAACGCCGCCAUGUUCUUGAAUCGCCUGAAAGGCAACCCAAAGAGGAUGCAAGCCUUGCCUGAUGACUUGGCAAAGUUGGUGCGGGACGAAGAUUCAAAGAGCAAAGCCAUCGACUUGAUCGUCGCUGCAGGAGGAGACGAAAAUGAGCUGGUCGGGCAGUGGACUGCAUCGUCCAUUUCUGUGGGGACGGACAAGGAAAAGGGAAAGAUGAAACCUUUGACGGAACAGGAAUUGAUCGGCAAGUACGGUGCGGUCAAUGCUGCGAAGGUGAUGGAGGAAAAAAGGAAGGCUGGUUUGGAGGUUGAUGAUCCCAAUUGUAAAGGGCUCAAGCUUUACUUGCACAACGAGUGGCAGAGGGAAUGGACGAGAGGCACAGAAGAACGAAGCAGUUUCACUGCUUCCGGAGAAGUUCGUGCGGGUGACGCUGCCAACGUUGCACAAAUUCUCAGUGUGCCCCGGCGGGCGCUGACAGGGCCCGGCCAGGAUGAUGAGGACAAUGUGGACAUGGAGGAGGACCCAAAGCCACUUCCGAACAAAAAACCAAAGAAAGCCAGGAAAAAUGAAGCCAGCGGCAAAGAGAAAGACGAAGACGGUGAAACUGAGCCGGAAGCACCACGAGUGGAGAAACUUACACCGCUGGACAAGGCGGCAGACUUAAGGGGGCGGGCCCUCUCGAAGGCCAACCACGCUGGCUCGAUGCGGAAGCAGUUGAAAGGAGUCAGCUAUGCGACUGAAUGCCUCAAGGAGAUGACCAACUUCGAGCAGGAGUUCCAGGCGAUCUACGACCAGGUGGACAAGCUCAUCUCUGAGCUGGUCCACGAUGAUGGGGUCUAUCUUCCCAUUGCUACCAGAUAUCUCGAUAUCGCGAAGCGUUAUGAGAGGCCCAGCAAGGUAGCAAACAGCUUGAUCCGAGCUGCGAAGGCGACUCCGAAGGAUCCAACCGCGCCCAAAGGAUCGGCUAAAGCCAAGUCCAAGAAGCGCAAAGCCGCGGAGGGAGCCUAG